GCAAUCCCACAAGGCAGCGGUACUGCGGCGGAGCAUUCUAAAGGGGGCGCCACUAAAUCGACUGGAAAGAGGCCCAAUCGCAUGCAGCUGCCGCAAGACUCUACGUUACUGUGUGUUUCUCUUCAAGUAGAAGAAAAUUGCCGUAGGAAUGGGAGGCGCUAGGUGCUAAAGUCUCGGCCUCCGAUGAGGACUUGGGCCAUGGGCCAGCUCGGCCAGAGUCCAGAGAGAACUGCUGCUGAAUAUCUGCGCUGCAUGGUAUGAGUUCUGAUUUCAACUUCUUGUGUCUGCCUUGAUACAGCAACUUCAAGCACCGCGAAAAUGUCCAAACGCGUGCGCGACUCCGCUGACAUUCAGUCUGAGAUCGACCACGUCACAAGACAGAUAGAUGAUGCCGACGCGCAAGUGCGUAAGGCUGAGGACGCAGUGCAGAGCGCAACGUCAGCUAGGGAUGAAGCUCAAGCAAAAGUUGACGAGACAGCAGAGCAGCUCAAGUGUCCAGAUAUCAGCGAGCAGGAGCGGUCGGCGCUGGUUGCGGAGCUGCAGAUGCGCAAGGCUAGGUUGAUAACUGCUCAGAAGGAUCUUGAACGGCUGAGCAAGAGGGAGGAGCAGCUGCGUGAGGAGGAGCUACAGCUGCGUGAGGAGAAGCUACAGCUGCAUAAGAGGGAGCUACAGCUGCGUGAGGAGAAGCUACAACUGCUCAAGGAAGAGGAGCAGCUGAACGACCCUUCUUCCGCCCUCGCCGAGCAGCUGCUUGGUCCUGACCUACCGGCGCCUCCUGAAGUGGACGCCCUGUACAACUUCAUGACCACGCCGCCUGCUGCUCCCAUCCCUGUCUGGGGCAAGUUGCCCAGCGCGCCCCACGAGCACUUCACGGCCGCCAAGGGCGACUUGGCCAGUGCGUUCAACCACAGUCUGUCGGGACUGCUGGUCCAGGGUUCGACUGAGAUGUUUACGGUCAACAUAGAGAACACAGUGGUUGUGAGUCUCCUGGUAGCGCUGGACGUGGCGCUGCCGGACAAAUCAUGCAUUGGGUUGGUGGUGGAGCGAGAUCAACAGGACUCGAGCUCCAUGAUAGCUGUUACAUCACCAAGCGGCAGCUCGCUGCGGCCGGAUGGCGUGCUGCGGGACCAAGCCGGCGGGCGUCUUCUGGCAAAAUGGGAGGACAAGGCACAGGGCCUCUUGGAUGACGCAGUCAAUGACCUGCACAAAAAAACCGCUAUUUGGACGCCCCUUUACUAUGGAAACAUCAAGUACCUGCCCUGCUUCGCGGCAGCUGGUGCCAAGCUCCAGUUCUACGCCAUCCUAGCCGAGGGUGGCCUAACGACCAGGCCGCACCCGAUGAGCCCCACGUAUGACCUCACCAAGCCAAUCGACCGCGCCCGGGCUGUCAUGGCAACUGUCAAGUUCUACCAGCUGCUGAAGGCGCAGCGUGCCUGCUACCCGCAGUACGUGCUGCCCGCGGCCCAGGAGCUGUCAGCCAAGCACCCCAUUGCUGGGUUCACUCGCUCUGUGUACUUCCGCACCGAUGAGCUGACGCUGCGCAAGCGGGUGGUCCCGUGGGAACGCUUUGCCGCCUGGUGCGGCGUCAGCCUCAGCGACAUGCAGCGCCUGUACCGGUCUACUGUUGGGCAGCAGGGCCUGGUGCACGCAGUGCGAGGACCCUCGGACGAGGAAGACAACACUUACUCGGUGGAUCUGGCGCCUGUGGGGCUGUGUUCCGGCGACGCGCUGCCUCGCAAUGAGAUGGAGGCGCGGGACAUGAUCCACGGUCUGCUUCAUGGGCUGGCGGCCCUGCAUAAGGCGGGCUUCGUGCACCGGGACCUGCGCUGGGACAACGUGGCGUGCUGUGCACGGGAGCCUCGCCGCUGGUUCCUGAUCGACCUGGAGUGCAGCGCUGCUGCGGACGCGGAGGUGCUGACAGGCUUUCAGCUGAUGGGAUGGGAGACGGGGGUCACGCUGGUGAACGGGCGCUACACGCGCGAGUCGGACAUUUACCAGCUCGGGCGACUGGUGGAGAAGGCGUGUGAGCGCCUGGAGUUGUCGGACGCGGCCAAAGAGUUCAUGAGUGCACUGCUCACGCGCCCUACGCAGCAGCGGUCAAGCGCGGCGCGGCUGCUGUCCAAUAAGUGGAUCAGCUGCGUGGGCGCGGCCUGCAGGGCUGCGGGUGCGCAACCAGGCGAGCGCUGAUGAAUCCGAGUCAUGUGCGGGGGUUUGGUUGCGGCUUGCCUUACGGACGAAGGAUGGAGGGUCGGUGCUGAGGUGUUCAGGUUUAAUACGACGGACCCAAUGUGAUGUGCCACGACCAUGGGUGGGCGGGUGGUUUGGAGCAAGAAUUAUGCUGUACGGCUAAUAACUCGCACAUUCCGGCUGGCCCACGCUGUUUGUAUUCAGUGUAUGUGGCGAGGGGCAGUCGUCAGGCACCGCCGGGUUUCUAGGUAGGUGGUGCUGUGUGUCGGAAUUGGUUCUCCUCACGCACGGAAAUUUUCUUCUACGUGAAGAGAAACACACAAUAACGUAGAGGCUUGCAGCAGCUGCAUGCGAUUGCUUUCGCCAGCCGUUGGCGCGUUUCUAGCGCGCAGGGAGCCUUCUGUGCACUUUGCAUGCUUGAUGACUAGGAAUGCAGCUUGAGUGCUUGACCGCGUGUCAGAUGGGGGAAAUCACUGACCCCAGACUUCAGCGGAUCCCUCCUAAAAUGUUAUGAAGCAUGGCGGACACUAUCCAUAUGGAUUCUGUGAACUCAGGGGGGGUGAAAUGAUAUGCGCCCGUCAACGCCAAACAAUUGGACGGUUCGCCUGCCAGGGCACACUUGACGUUUGCUCUGCACGACUUGCACUAGGACCGUGAGAGUCGUGCAUACGUUCUGUGUUGGGCAAUACAGUUCGUUGCGGAACUGCAGUGCGACCGUGAAGUGCGUCCCAGCUCAAGUGACUCGGCUGAGUUUCCAUCGAAUU